CGGCGACUGAAGUAGUUUAGUAGUCCUGAAGUUGCGGCGCAGACGCACAACCACGCCGGCCUUCCAGGCGGUAGGACGCGUCCACUCCCAUCGAUGUAGAUAAACUUGUUUACAUUCUUAACUUGCGGUUAACUCGGUGUCAACGAGCUUUGCGUUCGAGGAUAUGGGUGUAGUUAGUGUGAGAGCACAAGGGAAAAUUAGGUUUUAGUUGUCGUAGUUUAUAUUAACUAUAUUAUAUUUACAAACUAGUCAGUAUACGGUUGUAGGCGUGGUGUUAAGUUGUGAUAAUAGGAAUACGGAGCGCAUAGUAUUAGGUGCUUUUUGUGAUCGUUAAUAUUAUAUGGUAAGGAACCUGGAUAAAAUAUUCAAAUCCUGUAGUUUCAACCAUUUUAGUUAAAAUUAUUUAAGUAUCCGUUAGUCGCGUGCCAGUGUAUUUAUUCGCUGGAUAAAAGUCUGUGCAAAUAUAUUCCAUUCCAAAAUAUAUUUCAAAGGGGAUAAAUAGGAUCAAAAUAUAAUAAAUACGUGGUCGAUAUCAAAAUUACGUGACGGGCUCUCUUGGUGGUGGUGCGCGAGUGAAGCGGCGGGAAGAUGUCGGGCGACUGGUGGUGCGCGGGCUGGGGCCGCUGGCAGGCGCGGCUGGCGCUGCUGCUGGCGCUGCCGGUGCUGCUCACCGGGCUCUACGGCACCAACUACGUGUUCCUGGCGGCCCACACGCCUUACAGAUGCCAUGUACCAGAAUGCGAGAACGGUUCAAUGGCGUCGCGGGUGGCGACUCCGGAGCAGUGGCAGCCGGCGUGGGCGGGCUGGGCCCUCCCCGAAGAAGCGUGCAAACGCUUCAAACCCACAGACUCGCUCUGCCACGACGAGGCCUUCGACAACCAAACUACAGUCGUCUGCGAGGAGUUUGUCUACCAGACCGGCAGCAGUAUAGUUGCUGAGUUCGACUUGGCAUGUCAAGAAUGGAAGCGCUCCCUGGUGGGCACCAUUCACAACAUUGGCAUGUUAAUAUCCAUGCCUAUAAUGGGUUUCGUCUCAGAUAGAUGGGGACGCCGCGCAGCGUUGAUCGUCAGCGGCUGCGGCGCGGGAGUGCUGGGCCUGUGCAAGUCCUUCGUGACCUCGUACCCCGCGUAUCUCCUCUCGGAGCUACUAGAGACAGUUUUUGGAGCCAGCGUGUAUCCUGCUGCUUUUGUGCUAAUGAUCGAGUGGCUAGGUGUUGAGCAAAGGAUUCUGGCAAGCUUAGUGCUGGGCAUACCCUUGGCCAUGGGGGCUGCAACGCUGUCUCUCCUGGACUACCUGACUGGCUACUGGAGGACGUGGGCUCGGUUCGCUUAUCCCCCUUCAUUCCUGCUGCUGCUGUACCCGUGGUUGUUGCCCGAGAGCGUCCGAUGGCUGACCAUCCAGGGCCGACUCACCGAAGCCGUCCAAGUCAUCAAGAAGGCAGCAACUUGGAACAAGGUCAUCAUCCCUCAAGAAGGCAUCGAGAAGAUGCUGCUGAAUGAAGCAGAGCAGCUGAACAACAAGGCUGAGGUGGACAUUGAAGACGACAGCUUGUUCAGAGCGUUAAUAAAGUACCAGGCGCUGCGGCAGCGGCUGUGCGUGUGCUUCGUGUGGUGGGCGUCGGCGGUGUUCGUGUUCUACGGGCUGGCGGUGCACGCGCACGCGCUGUGGGGCUCGCCGCACGCCAACUACGCGCUGGUGGCGGCGGCCGAGCUGCCGGCGCUGCUGGCCAACACGCUGCUGCUGGACCGCGUGGGCCGCCGGCCGCUGCUCACCGGCGCCUUCCUCGUCACCGCCGCCGCGCUCAUCACCAUCCCGUGCCUGCCCGACUCGAGCAGCGUGUGGGGCACGGCGCUGUACCUGGUGGGCAAGGUGGGCGCCACCAUGUCGCUGAACGCGCUGUACGUGUACACGGCCGAGCUGUUCCCCACGCGCGCGCGCCACCGCCUGCUGGCCGCCUGCUCCACCAUGGGCCGCGUCGGGGCCAUCCUGGCGCCGCUCACGCCGCUGCUGGCGGUGUACCGGUGGUGGCUGCCGACGGCGCUGUUCGGCUCGCUGCCGCUGCUGAGCGCGGCGCUGACGCGGCUGGUGCCCGACACGCUGCAUCGCCGCCUGCCCGACUCCUUCGCCGACCUGGAGCCCGCCUCCUCCUCCUCCUCCCCGCCCGCCACCCCCUCGCUCGCCGACACGCCGUGAUCUAUCUUCACCGCUGGAAAAUAUAAGAAAUUUAGAAAUAAGUGUUUAACGUAUUCAAACCGAGAGGACGAUAGUGUAAUUAUAAUUUUAAUGUGAAGCUCUGAGUGCCUGGAAAUAUAUUCUAAGCAAAAUCGGUGCGGUGAGUCUUAUUGCAAACAGUAGUGUUUGCUAAUAUUAGAGUAGGCGUCUAACGUGCCUUUAGAUUAAGUUUUUAACACAAAGUACAAGACAAAAGUACUAAGAUUAUGAAUAAAUUAUUGUAAUGUAAAAGGAGGUUAAACCUGCUUUUGAUUUAAGACUUUAACUUGUAAUAUAAUAUCAAUGUAACAGGGUAAAACGAUCCGGUUAAUUCGGAUGUAUGUACUCUUGCCAUGGGCAAAUAAUAACUAUGUAUUUAGCGUUUUAUGUGUAAGUACAAGUUAUUAAAGUUGAUGAGAUUUGAUUAAGUAUCAAAACAUCUUGUGAAGUUUUCUAUAAGUGGGCUACAUGAUGUUCAUAAUUAUAAUUCCACGAUUUUUAUAACCAGUUCUAAUGGUAUGGACUUUUAAUUUCUGUUGUAGUUUAGUUGUAAUAUUUGCCGUAUUUGUUAUUUGAUUACAUGUAAAUAUGCGAGUGCCAGAAUUCUCUGUAAGAGCGGUUCCCUUCCCGGCUUACUCAUAGCCUGUAUAGUUAAAGUCACGUUAAAUUGUAGUUAAGGCUAAAAGUACAGAAUAAAUGUAAAGGUCUAUUGAGAUCUAAUGUUUAGUGUAGGAUUGCUGCAACUUACUUUUACUUUUUUAAAGUGCUCAAAUAUUUCUAAUUUAUAAUGUACCCUGAGUAAUAAAAUUCUCUGUUUAUUUUGUAGUAAAAAUAUAAUAAUUAUUUUUGCUCAA